AUGCCCACGCAGGUGACAGACGGGACAGACGACACUCGUUACUUCUCCGUCUGCUGUGAGGGGCUCCCUUACAUCUUCGCAGCUGUGCUGCCCGCGCCCACCGCCCCGUCUCAUGGCUGCUUGUCCGGCCUUGCGAGAUGGGAGAGGAACCCGCUAGGCCUGGGGGAGGGCCCUUCCCGAAGGACGUGUCUCCCCCAGCUGGCGCAGGACAGCAAGCUUGUCCGGGCUUGGGCCUCGGGACUUUUCCCUGAGCUCUGGGGGAGGGUGGUGUGGAAGCGCCGAGGCCCUGCGGGUGACACCGGAGACUCUGGAGGCUGCUCGCCCGGCCUGGGCGUGGGCGGCUCCCAAGGGACCCUCCUGCUGUCUGGCGCGACCCGGCUGCCAUUAGCUGUGCUGCCUGCGGAGUCCCUCCGUUACUGCGGCCCCCCGUCUGGGGGUUUGGGCCGCUCCCAGGCCUCUGGGGUCACGUCGGUGCUGUCCUUGCGUGAGGAUGUUGAUGGGGAUGGAGAGCCGCCGGGGCCCCUGGGUGACACCAGGGCAGCCUCGGCCGACGGGGUUGCAGGGCGCAGGGCAGUGCGUGUCCCGGGACCCGGGAAGCCGCCGCCGCUCCUGGGGUUCGGGGUGCCUGCCCCCGGGCGGGCGCCCUCGCCGGCGGUGCCGGCCUCCAGCUGUCGCUGCUUCGUGGGCGUGAAGUGUGUCCUGUGGCUUUUGGUCUGCGCUGCCCUGACCCAGACGGUGCGCCUCACCUUCGAUGUCCCUUGUUGGGAGGAGCCUCUAACGGUCUCGCGCUGCCGCGGGCGAGGAGGGGGGAAACUGAGGCCGGGGCUGGGGGGCGGGGUCUCGAGCCCCAGUGCCCUGGCCGCCCCAGGCUCCCCAGAGCAGGCCACUGUCUCUGCAGGUCAGCUGCCCUGCCUGGCAGCCCAGGAGGACAAGGCCUCCUCAAAAGUCACACUUUCUGAGCUCAAGUCGUGCCUGCAGCGGGCACGGGAGCUAGGGGCCCGGGCCCAGGAGCUGACAUCAGAGGCCCAGAGGAAGGCUGCUGGAGACCCCAGCGCGCCAGAGGAGCAGGGCCAGCCAGCAGAGCCAUGCGGAGAGAAGGCCCCCGCCUACCAGCGCUUCCAUGCCUUGGCCCAGCCGGGUCCCCCAGGGCUCGUGUUGCCCUACAAGUACCAGGUGCUGGCCGACAUGUUCCGCAGCAUGGACACCAUCGUGGGCAUGCUCCACAACCGCUCCGAGACUGCCACCUUCGCCAAGGUCAAGCAAGGCGUCCAGGACAUGAUGCGCAAGCGCUUUGAAGAGCGCAACGUGGGCCAGAUCAAGGCUGUGUACCCCACUUCUUACCACUUCCGCCAGGAGCGCAACGUCCCCACCUUCAAGGAUGGCGUUAAGAGGUCCGAUUACCAGCUUACCAUUGAGCCGAUGUUCGACCAGGAGCCCGGCAGCACGGCCCCCCAGCUCACGGCUUCGCACCUCCUGUGGCGCAGACGGGUCUUCGGCCAGAAUCUGGUGGAGCGUGUCCGGCAGCACCACAGGGCCUUCCUGGCUUCCCUGAACCCGCCCAUGGUGGUGCCCGAGGACCAGCUGACACGUUGGCACCCCCACUUCAAUGUGGACGGCGUGCCUGACAUCGAGCCGGCUGAGCUGCCACAGCCGCCCACCACGGAGAAGCUGGCCACCGCCCAGGAGGUGCUGGCCCGUGCCCGCAGCCUGAUGUCACCCAGGAUGGAAAAGGCCCUGAGUGACCUGGCUCUCCGUACAGCCAAGCCCAGCAGCCCCGGGUCCCCCAGCCCGGCCCUGCCGGCCACCCCCCCGGCCACCCCGCCUGCCGCCCUGAAGGGGGUGUCCCAGGACCUGCUAGAGCGGAUCCGGUGCAAGGAGGCCCAGAAGCAGCUGGCACAGAUGACGCGGCCGCCGGAGCGGGAGCAGCGGCUACAGCGGAUGGAGCGGCUGCCCGAGCUGGCCCGCCUGCUGCGCGGGGUCACGGUGUCGGAGCGCAAGCCCGCCCUCGCUAUGGAGGUGGCCUGCGCCAGGAUGGUGGACAGCUACCGCACGGCCAUGAGCCCUGGGGACAUGGAGGAGCACGUGCGGCUGCUCGCCGAGCUGCUGCCCGACUGGCUGAGCCUCCACCGCGUGCGCACCGGCACCUACGUCAAGCUGGACAAGGCGGCUGACCUGGCGGGGCCACUUUAG